GGAUUGAGAUGUGUCACAUUCUUUCAAUUUUUUUGGCGCCAUUCGUGGUCAACUUCUUGACUGACAAACAACCUGCAGCUGCCGGCAGACGCCCCGGUAGGUGCAAGGCGUGGAGCGGCGGAUUUUUAGCUCAAAAGCGCCGACUGGCUGAACUUCAGCAAACUGCAGAACAGACGGAUAGAAAACGGGCACAUUCUUCAUCAGACAGGUGUGCCCCCUGAUGCUGGCAGAAGAUGGUACCGUAACUGCAAUGCUACUGAUGGUACUACAAUCUGGCUGAAUGUGAACUGGAAGGUUGGAAGCAUGUCAAGCACCUGAUGAAUAUGAAAGUUACUUUGCUGAUAGCUGUCAUGUUGGCAUCGACCAUCAUGGUAGAGUCGUACGGAGUCAACUGGGGGAGAAGGAGAAGGAAAUUAAACAAGAAAGCGGAGGGUCAGGCUAACCUGGAUAUGCUGAAGGAAUUUCUAGAGAUGGAUGGAAGCAAUGGUGACCUCAAUGGCGCCACCUUCGAGAAGAAAGUGGCUGCGCUGGAGGAGGCUGAUGCUGAGUUGGAGGAGGAUGUGAAGGAAGUGGAGGAAGAUGCCGCCUUGGGCCUGGUGGAGGAAGAACUGGAGGAGCUGGAGGAGGAACUGGAGGAAGUCAAUAACGGUCUCAAGGAGUGACGAGAUCCAGUGAUCUUGACGGCGUACGAUUCAACAAGAGACAGACCUGUAAACGCAGGACUCAAGUUAGGAGCUUUAGUCUAUUGGUAGUACAGCAAACUGCCUAUAGUAUACCUAGUGAGCAAUUAAAUGCUUAGCUGACCCAAUUAAAAGAAUUAACAACUUUUGUCAAGGGUGAUGAUGAUAAACGGUGUGGCAAGGAAAGCUGGUGGCAUCACUGUGAGAACUUAAAGAUGUUUGUCAUGAAAUAAGAAAGUUUAUUUUGCAAGUUAUUGCAAGAGGGCUAAUUGCAACAUGGGACAUACAGAAUAUGUAGCAAACAUACAUUAUCAAUAUUUAUAGAUAAAAGACUUUGGUAUAGGUGACAAUGGUGACAAGUGGAGACAAGUAACUAUUCUUGCAAUGGUAUGGACUGCCGAGAGCUACGUUCUAAGCACUUGGGGCUUGACUUCUAAGUAAAUUACAUCUCUACAGCCCUCCUACUGGACAGGCCCUAGAAGCUUAAUGAUCAACACCUCUACUUCAGGGGAGACGAUAAUCCUGUUGAGACAGACACAGACAAAGAGAUAGAGACGGAGACCGAGAGACAGACAGAGAGAGAAAGAAAGAGAGAGAGAGAAACAGACAGACAGACAGACAGACAGAGACAGACACAGACACAGACACAGACACAGAC